GCGUGGCCCACUAAUUUGGGUGCUCCGUAGUCCGUACUGGCUCGCCACAGCCCACACAAGUCACCAACCACCUGAGCCUCUUUGUUAGGUUACCGAACCCUAGUUAGGCUACCCUGCACCACCCACCCGCACCCACGUACUCAAAGACGACGACCACCACUGAUCGCGAUGGGAUCCGACGAGGAAGAUCAUAUCACAGCCGUGUACGGCGAAGAAGAUCUCGACGAAGAAGAUGAUGAAGAAAGCGAAGAAGAAGACCAUACUUUACAGAAUCAACACGUUGAGGAGGACGAUGUUGACAUGAUCGACGAUGAAGAGGAUGACGAAGAAGAAGACGAUUCUAUGUCGUCAGCUGCCGGAGAAGUCACGAUCGCUGUCGCUGGUAUUCCGAGCGUCCCCACAACUGUUGACGCUACUCCUACAACAGCUACAACUACCACGACUUCGAUUGUUCGAUCGGACGCCAUUGUGGAAGUGAAAAAGCCUAUGCCUUUAGACGAUUCCCGACGGUUGUUUCAGCGUCUAUGGACCGAUGAGGAUGAAAUUGAGCUCUUGCAGGGGUUCCUUGAUUACACUACGCAACGAGGGACUAAUAAUUCGUCUCAUCACCAUCACGAUACGGCGGCAUUUUAUGAUCAGAUCAAAGGUAAAUUGCAGCUGGAUUUCAACAAAAAUCAAUUGGUUGAGAAGCUUAGAAGAUUGAAAAAGAAGUAUCGGAAUGUCCUCGGUAAGAUCAGUAUCGGCAAAGAGUACGUAUUCAAAAGCCCUCACGACCAGGCUACUUUUGACCUGUCGUGCAAGAUCUGGAAUGGUGCCGCAGCUACUCCCGUCUUCAUCCCCGCCACUGCUGAUGGUGGAGGAAUUGACGAUGAUGAACCUCAUAAUCCUAACCUCAUAUUCAAUUUGAAUGAGAAUAAUGCUAACGACAUUGCUGAUCCAAAUAGCUCUGAGAAGAAGGUACCAAGACCAAGAAAGCGAUCAAAGUCGACUGCAGUUAAAAUUGAAGAGAAUUCCAAUCAGCAGCAACAUUAUGGCCAACCUGUGGGGGUGGGAGCUUCAAAUCCUCAGAAUCCUGCAGUCUCUAAUCUGGUUGAAGAAACCGUGAAGAGUUGUUUAUUGCCAUUGUUCAAGGAAUUGGUUAACAAUUCUCCUAAUGGGGCUUGUGCAAGUUCAAGGGGGAUCGGAUUAGGAGGGAUGAACAUGAAUAAUUUUGGUGGGUCAAUGAAUUUCCCCAUUGGGGAUAUGACUGAUGACAAAUGGAGGAAGCAACAUAUAUUAGAAUUGGAGGUUUAUUCAAAGAGAUUAGAAUUGAUGCAGGACCAAAUAAAGUCAAGGUUGGAGGAGCUUAGGUCAAUGGGGAGUUCAUGAGAGUCUGAACCUUUUAAAUACCUACCAGUGAGUGCUUUUUAGAGUUCAUAUUUAUUUUCUUGUUUUAAGGUUAAUUAGUUUCAUGGUCAUAUAAAGAAGGUGCCUACUCAAGUCGGCUAUUCUUAUAUAUGUUUAGUGUCUAUCUUCUUUCCUUACAAUCUUUGUUGUUAAAUAAUGUUAGUUUAAAUGUUUAGCCUUUUAGUUCUUGUGUUGUGUAAUCAAUAGAAAACAACAAAGUAAAGGAGAUUGAACA